GUAUCUAAAUAAUACAAUGCAUUUCGGAAUGCGCAGUAGGAUUGAACAUGUCAACCUGAGGUAGGGUGAUGUGACAAUGAAAGUUACUUCAACGGGAGAAGAGUACUUAGAAUACGCAGAAAGAGCAACUAAGACAAGAACUGGGAUAACGAGUGACACCAGGAAUUUCGCUCCGAAAAUGUUUGAGGAUAGAGGUAAUCCCAGAUGCCCUGUGUUAGCUUACAAAGAGUUUGCCAACAGGAGACCUGAGGCAAUGAAAAAGCCUGAGUCACCAUUCUACAUAGGCAUUUCAAGAAAUCCAGAGAAAGCCUGGUUCAUUAAUCAACCUAUGGGAAAAAACACAAUUGGAAAUAUUGUUAAGGUGAUGUGUGAAGCUGGUGGCAUUCAAGGAAGAAAAGUAAAUCAUAGUGCUAGGAAAACGGCCAUUACUUCCCUUGUUCAUGCAGGUGUUCCCCCAACCUUGAUUCAGCAGUUGUUCGGUCAUAAAAAUGUUAACUCGAUAAAUAAUUACAGCACUGCCUCAAGUGAUCAGCAGAGACAUAUGUCCUCAAUUCUCACUAAUUAUUCAAGUUUAUCUGAAAACGUAUAUCCAGAACAACAAGCAACUGAAUCUUCGAUUCCAUCCCCAGAUUGUUCAUCUCUACCACUGGCUCCCAUAAUGUCUAUAUGUCAUCAGUGA